AUGUUUCUCGCCGAAGCGUUCCAUGAAUCUCGUGGACACCGCACCGAGGACUGCCUUCAGCUGAAGGACCAGAUCGAAGAGCUGGUCCAAAAAGGAUAUUUAAAGAAAUAUGUCGCGGAACGCCGCGAAGAAAAGAAAGCUGAGAAAGAUUCUCGGCAGGACCUGGACUACCACCGAAAAAGGGACAGAUCUCCCGAGGGAGGGAAUAAUGACAUCCUGACCAUUUUCGGAGGUAUUUCUCGAAAUGCACUGAAGCGUCAUCUGAGGGGUCUCACCCAUCAGAUCCAUCAUGCCCAGUUCCAGAAACCGCAGUCUCCGGUGCCGAACAUGAUGUUCACAUCCGAAGAUUGCAGGGGGGUUGUGUAUCCCCAUGAUGACCUCCUGGUUAUCAUGACAAGCAUCGCAAACCAUAACGUCUAUCGGACACUGGUAGACGGUGGCAGCAGGGCGAAUAUACUUUUUCGAAAGGCAUUCGACCAGCUGAAGUUGGAGAGCAGGCAUUUGACCCCAGUUCCUUAUCCGGUCACUAGAAUCAACGGAUCUUCUUCAUAUCCAGAUGGGAAAAUUCUUCUUCCCGUCAGUCUUGGCCAAGACUGGGCAAGACGAAGCAUCAUGGCCGAAUUCUUGGUCAUUGAUGCCCCAUUAGUAUAUAACGUCAUUAUGGGGAGACCCUUCAUCCAUGAUGUUCAAGGAGUUGUCUCGACAUACCAUCAAGCCAUGAUCUAUGUUUUAGAGGAGGGACGCUCCGAAAAAAUAUUGGGCAGCCAAAGAGAGGCCCGAGAAUGUAACUUCCUCAAGCCAUCCAAGAGUCGCCGCAGCGACAAGGAUGAUGAGGAGGAAAAAGAGAAAGAAAAGGAGUGA